CCCGCCGGCAGGGUUAGGUUGCCUCACGGGCGGCGGGCGGAGCUGGUCCCGUUGUGCUGCGGCUCCGCGCGGCCUGCAGUCCCGGGCCCGCGCCCCGCGCAGCCCGCCCGCCCGCCCGCCAUGGAGCCCGGCCCCGACGGCCCCACCGCCUUCGGCCCCGCUGACAUCCGCGAGGGCUGGUUCCGCGAGACGUGCAGCCUGUGGCCAGGCCAGGCCCUGUCGCUGCAGGUGGAGCAGCUGCUACACCACCAGCGCUCGCGGUACCAGGAUAUCCUUGUCUUCCGCAGUAAGAGCUACGGCAACGUUCUGGUGUUGGACGGCGUCAUCCAGUGCACAGAGAGGGACGAGUUCUCCUACCAGGAGAUGAUAGCCAACCUGCCCCUCUGCAGCCACCCCAACCCACGCAAGGUGCUGAUCAUCGGGGGUGGGGACGGGGGUGUCCUGCGGGAGGUGUUGAAGCAUUCCUCCGUGGAGUCCGUUGUCCAGUGUGAGAUUGAUGAGGACGUCAUUCGGGUCUCUAAGAAGUUCCUGCCGGGCAUGGCCGUGGGCUACUCCAGUUCCAAGUUGACACUACACGUGGGUGACGGUUUUGAGUUCAUGAAACAGAACGAGGAUGCCUUCGAUGUCAUCAUCACUGACUCCUCAGACCCCAUGGGCCCUGCGGAGAGUCUCUUCAAGGAAUCCUAUUACCAGCUCAUGAAAACGGCUCUCAAGGACGAUGGCGUCCUCUGCUGCCAGGGUGAGUGCCAGUGGCUGCACUUGGACCUCAUCAAGGAGAUGCGACAGUUCUGCAAGUCGCUCUUCCCUGUGGUGGCCUACGCUUACUGCAGUAUCCCCACCUACCCCAGCGGCCAGAUAGGCUUCAUGCUGUGCAGCAAAAAUCCGGGCACCGACUUCCGGAAGCCCGUGCAGCAGCUGACACGGAAGCAGGUUGAACAGAUGCAGCUGAAAUACUACAACUCCGACGUGCACCAGGCAGCCUUCGUCCUGCCCGAGUUUGCCCGCAAGGCCCUGAAUGACGUGAGCUGAGCCCAGGUACCGCCACCCGUGCUGCCCAGGACCUCAGGCCAGGGAGCCUCCGGGGCGCCCGGGUGUGACAAGCCCUGGACAGGACCCCCCCGACCCUGCCCCACCGGCGCGCCCACCAAGCAAGUGUUACAGGCCCCGGAAUGCUGCCCAGCCUGCCCCGCUGGGCGGACUGUCUGUCUCUCUCAGUGUGGCGUUCAGCCUCCAAGCCUAUGGCAGCUGUGUAUGGCACCUUCUCCGCCUUCUGUCACCCUCACUCACCAAACACGUGUAUUUAUAACAAAGUCUGAA